AUGGGGUUGGGUCUCUUGCUCCUCUCCCUAGGCGCACUGGCACGAUGCCAGAUUAUCGAGGGCCCGGCCCCCGAAAUAGAGUUCGAAAUCAGGAUGACGGAUGAAAUUAGAGAUGCAUUCGCAGCCCUCUUCGACGAGACCUUCAUGCAGCAGUUGGUUGACUGCCAGCAACUGGCUGGAGACAACUGCGAUGUUACGGGUCUCGCGGAGUACAUGAUUGAAGUGGGGAGCAGACUGCGGAGUUCAUUUACGCGGUGCCCGACGGGAUGCUCGCACUCUCAGAAAGACUGCAAGGACUUUUGGCUCGCCUUCGAGGAAAACCCAGUGGCUUUGCGAAACGGCUGUGCUCUCACCAACAACUGGCCGGGCGCUUGCACCACGUUCCUGCGGGAGCUUCAAAGGCGAGUCGCUGACGAGACGUGGGAGUUGUCAGUGAUGUGCCGAAUGAUCGAUGCAGGGGUGAACCUCGAGCGAAUGCCUGACUGCAAAACCCUCGCAAUUAUGACGACGUCAAGUCGACCAUCGCUGCAUGAUGGUGGUUGCGGCUUCGAGACUCGGGACGAAUGCAUAUCGAACCUUUGCGACGUCUACAGCCAGUUCGCAUGGCGUAUGCAGCCCAGAAACUUGAUCCCAGAGCAAGCCAGGGUGCCCUUUGACUCAAGCUAUAUCCUCGCUGGUUGCGAGCACCUGGUGGACUUGGACAUGUACAACCGCCGGGAUGAGUGCCAUGACCGCUUGGACGUUCUCGCUUUCUGCGAUUGCGUCUGCCCUGGAAUGAGCUACGUCAAUGAGCUGGGAAUCACAGAUUGCCCGACGAUCGUGGACAACUACCUUCUGUUUGGGAGGCUUGGAAUUGCAAACACGUCGUUGGACGCUUUGUGCGAACCGGAGAUCUGCGAAGCCUUCAGCUCGCAGCGGCUUUCGGACUCCUGUAGGGGCACCCGACUUCCGGGAGACCUGGAGUGCCUAGCUAUGCAGCUACCGAAGGUCCUGCCUCAGAACUCUCCCUGUCCGUGGCUGAACCACUCGGGUGAGGUGAACGUUCUUGAAUGCCUGGACGGCCAUCGUUGUGACAUCAACGCAGAAGGGUGGUCCUGCUGUGAGAACCAUCGAGGUCGCGCGAAAUGCCCAGAGCAGUUACCGGUCAUGUGCGACACUCUUUGCUCGGGCAUUACGGAGUACUGCUGCCGACAGGAGGGGGAGUGCACACCACGAGGGUGCCCCGUGAUUCUUCAGCGCGAGCUGUUCUACAAAGAGGAGACGACGACGGUGACAAGCACCACCCCUGAAGGCAGAGCCACGGUGCAGGACGAGGGCUUCACAUUGCGGCUCCCAGAAGGAAGUUGGAUCUGGCUGAUGCUGCUCAUUCCUUUGUUCUGCAGCAUCGGGUUCUUUCUCUACAUCCGAUGCCUCAACAAGAAGUUCGAGCGAGAGCAAGUGGCUGAGGGUGACACGGUCCUGGGCAUGAAGCUCGACAAGUUUGGCUUCUUCCAUGCCUACAAAGCCGAAAACGUCGAGAGGGAAGAGACCAAGCCCCGAAUUUGCAUCGUCAUGAGUGAGCUUCCGGACUCGCGACCUCUGGGCCUGGAGUUGAUGGAGCUUCGCGUCGUCCGAGUACAUCCUUGGGGUGCCAAGCAUGGCUGGCAGGUUGGUGACAUCAUCGUGGACAUCGCUGGGCAGCCCGUGAGCUCCUUCGAGCAGCUCUGGGAACGUAUUCAGGUGGAGCGAAACCGGCCACCGGUGCGAUUUACGGUGGAGCGCUGGAAUGUCCAGACCACAGCGGAGGAGGAGGCGGUAAUCGCGGCGCAGGAUCCAGAUAUACAGCUCAAAAAGCAGAAGAAGCUAGUAGCAGAGGAUCGGGAGCAGAGGUCAAAGUCGCGAAUUGCCAGCAAGCAGCAGCAGCAGUCCCCUCCAACCACAGCAUCGGACAAGCCCACAGCUUUUCCGAGGACUUUGGGACCCAAUGCCUUACCCGGCAUGGCGCACGGCUGGGACGACUACGACGAGGAAGAGGAAGAGGAGUAUGAUGAGUACUCCGACUACUCUGAAGACGACUCGCGUAUACGGCAGUCCACAACCUCCAGCUUUCCAGCAGGGAGAUAUAAGUCCCGCUUCAAUACGAACUUCGAGGUUAUCAAGAAAGACACCCCGGAGCCGCAGGAUCCACCCAAAGAAGGUGAGCAAGCAAACACCGGCCCGGCAGAAGCGAAGACGAUCGCAGAACGCUUCUUCCCAAAGGACAUGGAGCGCCGAACCUACGAGAAGAACAAAGUCGUCUUCACCCGGGAUGCGGCGGACUUGGACCAGCUUGCGGACAUGGUCAGUUCUGACGAAGAUUCUGCACUGGUGAAGAAGGAAGGGCAGGUGGAUCCUAAGGAGGACCCUCUCAACCCUGACAAUGAUCCCGAAUUAGCCAAGAACGGAAAGGGCGGAAAGUUCGAGUCGAAGGUGGCCAUUCUGCAGGUCACAUGGAGGUUCCCAAUCGAUACCAAUCCGCUCAACAUCCUGGCGCUGAUCUAUGGGUAUUUGCCCUUUGUGGUGCCACUCGUCUUUUUCAUCGACGUGUUGGUCGAGUGGCGCUUCAUUGCUUUCUUUGGGCUCGCCACUUCAGCCGUCGUGACGCUGCUGAACGAGGCGGUGUUCAAGCCAAUCCUCAAACAGCCUCGCCCAGAAGGGUCUGCGAAUCGCAAGUUCAAUGAAAAGACCGGAAGGUGGGAGAUGAAACCUGGCAUGCCCUCUGGGCAUGUCGCAAAUGCCGCCACGACGAUGGUCUGGUGUUUGCUGGAGGUGGCUUUGCGAGGCCCAGGAUUCGACGACCAGCCUUUCCUGACUACGAAGAUCCUUUUGCUGAUCUUAGUUUGCAUGGGACCCGUUCCCUGGGCCAGGAUUUAUAACCAGGAUCACAGCCUGGCCCAGUGCACAGUGGCAGGCAUCAUGGGCGUGGUGGCAGGUGUGUCUGCGUACUGGGUCCGAGUGACCUACUUUCCACUGGGUCCAGGGCAGGAGUGGUGCUACAAGAAGCUUUGCUUGCUGGGCGGGAAGCCCUGGGACCCUUUCUUGGAUGAGCCGAGUCUGGACGGUGGCGAGCUGGUCGCAACCGCUGCUGUUGUCACCACUACGGUCGCCCAGGUCGCGCUGAAGGAAGCCGCCAAAGCUGCAGCAACCCACGUCACGAGUGCACUGAGCAACAAGGCUGCAGACCGUCCCGUGGAUCUCCCGAAAGCCGACUCUAAGGAGUUUGCCGAUGCGGACGAGGCAAAAACAGAAGAGAAGGCAAGCGACCGGCUUCUGCGCCGCCUCCACCUGCGUGGUUCUGCCUAG